CCACAAUAUUCGGUCGGGCAACUCAGGCAGCAGCUGUACGAGCACGCAGCCGAUUUCCUUGGAAUUGCGAUUGUUUGGGCAGAGUUGCAGCGAACAAUUUCUUAAUCUCAUUGUUAAAUCGCACUCCGCGUAGUUUGGACCUAUAGUGCAUUUUUCAAACGUUUAUUACUGCUGCAUAAUUACUACGUUAUGUUUUCAGUUUUGGCGUUCGAAGUGUGUUCAUAAAUAAUCCGUAAGCUAUGCUGGCGAUAUGUUUACCAAAUUUCGUCGGUCGUUGUGACUCAAGUUGAAAUGCCUUGUGAAUACGUGGAUCGUGAGGAGAGUUCCACAGUGUUAUGUCGAUAAAAUCUUUUUCUUUAAGUAGAUAGUGAUUUUAGUGUAAAAUUCAAUUAGGAAAGACAAUGUCUACCACAGUUCCGACGAGUUCUGCCCUUAGGGCUUUGGCCCUAGAAUACAAGAGUCUGCAGGAGGAGCCCGUGGAAGGGUUCAGAGUGAAACUUUGUGGAGAAGACAAUUUGUUUGAGUGGGAGGUGGCGAUAUUCGGCCCCCCAGACACGUUAUAUCAGGGUGGCUAUUUUAAGGCACAUAUGAAAUUCCCCACAGACUAUCCAUAUUCACCGCCUUCAAUUAGGUUUUUAACGAAAGUGUGGCAUCCAAACGUAUAUGAGAACGGAGACCUCUGCAUAUAUUUGCACCCGCCCGUGGAUGACCCUCAGUCAGGCGAGCUGCCGUGCGAACGCUGGAACCCCACACAGUCCGUCCGCACGGUGCUGCUCUCAGUCAUCUCACUUCUGAACGAGCCCAACACCUUCAGCCCGGCCAACGUGGACGCCAGCGUCAUGUACAGGCGUUGGCGCGACUCCAAGGGCAAGGAUAAGGAAUAUGAGAAUAUUAUAAGGAAACAAGCGCAAGUCGCGCGUAUAGACGCAGAAAGAGAAGGCAUCGUCGUGCCUCUCACUCUAGAAGACUACUGCAUCAAAACACAAGUCAAGUCAACCACACAAGAACCACAGCUGGACAUGACCGAUUUCUACGACGACGACUACGACGACCUCGACACGUCGGACGAGGAGAUCGAGGCCGGCGCGGCCAGCGACGAGGACGGCAACGACAGCGGCAACGGCGGCGACGAGAGCGGCAACGGCGAGUUGUGAGGCCCGCGCCGGCGAGGCCUGCUCUCCACUAGGCAAAUAUAACCUCAUGGGCCCCGCUGCGAAAAUACUUUACCUAACGGUAUUAAACAGCCUUUACCUUACGGUGUUAAACAGCGUUUACCUAACGGUGUCAAACAGCAUAUAUAGCCUGACGGUGUUAAACAGCGUGCAUCUCAUUUUUUGCAUGGGGGCUUGUGGGGAUAAAAACGUUUGACUUUAUAUGUGACUGUACAAUGUCAACUUUAUAUUUGUGUAACGGCGAGUUGUGAAGCCCGCUCCGACGAAGCCUACACUACACUAGGCAAAUAUAACCUUAUAGGCCCCACUGCAAAACAAAAUGAACAUAUUAAAAGCAUGCAUGACCUUGCGAUGUUUUUUUGGCUGAGGGCUUGUGAGGAGGUUAAAACCACUGACUUCACAAUUGUGACUAUAGAAUGUCAGCUGUAACUUGGAUAUAUUCAAAGCUUUGUAGUGUAACGGAUAUUGAAGAGGCCCGCUGUGCAAACAUCAGUAGCCCCACUGCAAAAAAAACGGUUACACUCAAAUUGGUAUUUUCUUUGAACACUAUGCUUCUUGGUCAACUUGCUACAAAAAGCAUCCUAUAUUAAAUAGCUUGCCGUCUCUAGGGAACUGGCUGAAUAUGUCAUUUAUUCACUUUUCUUAUUUCUUUGUGCUACUGUCUGUAUUCUUGGAUAUAGAAACCUAUAAUUAUCGCUAAUUGUAGUUACUUCAAAACAAAACUACUACUUAAUUACUAAUAAUUUUUAAUUGUUGUAGUCAUUUUCUUAAAUGCUUGCCAUGACUUUCUAGUUACAAUUAUUACAAACUAAUUACUGCUUUAUUUCUUCUUGCCGAUACAUUAGGGACUAAUGGCUAUCUUAACUGACCUUUGAUUAACUUUAUAUCUCACUAAUAAGGUUUUUUUAAACAGUUAUUCGAGUCGGUCGGAGAUAUACGGACCUAUUCCUCUAUGGAGUUUAUAGUAUCUACCUGUAUCUAUCGGUGAGCUCCGUCUUAGACUCUGUCUUCUCUUUCUAUCAGGCAGACUAGCUCUAUGUCUAACAAGGAUAGAUCAUAUUACACUAUUUAGUGAGUGACUAGUCGAAACACCAAGACUUUUAGUUUUAACAUAUUUUAAUAUAAUUCAGUAUAAAAUUAACAUAGUCAUUUGCUUUAUUUUAACAUCAAGCAAAACACACAUAGGUACAGUUUCAAUGGCAGUGGGGUGUAUAAUAAACCGUACCAUGAUUUUAUUACCGGACUUAGGACUAAUAUAGACGCUACAACUUGGAUGUGAGUUUACUUAUAUUGGGGUAAGGUAAUAUCCAAUUCAACAGACAAAUAAAAUACUGCAAUAUAAUGAAACACACAUCAAGUUUUCUCACCGUCGAAAUGAGCCCUUAUUGACUAACUUAUAAAAUAGGACGUGACUUUUGGAUGUAGCUGAACAUUUCCUACAGUAGCAAGGACGCUACAGAUGUAGUGCAAAAUGUUUUCCUUCGUGUUUUCACGGAAACUCAAGAACUACUUCGGUCAACAUUAUUACUUCUUGUACUGAGACUGACUGAAGUAACAUGACACGUUCGUGAGUAAUCGUCAGUGAAAAUACAAAGGAAAAACUUUUAGCACUAGGUGCAUCUGUACUAAAUGUUCAGCUACUUCCGACUAUACUGCACUAGCAUUCUAAGUGCAGUACUAAAAUGAUUUGAAAACAUUAUGGCUUCAAGCAUAAUAACAAUGAAAGGAUAUCUCUAUGAUCCUUUUGAGAAUAGUUCAUAAAUGUGUACAUACAGUGGGUUGAGACGUAACUUUAGAUAUAGACGUAUAUGUGUAGUGGUAGGGGUACAGUGAACUAUUUUGAAAACUAUCGUAGGGUGGGUUAGUAUUAUCUGCCUUCAAGGAGCGUAGCAAAACUGACCGUUUGGCUUUGUAUCACAUUGUGUAUUAUUGCCUGAUUGAUACAAUUAGUAUUGUGUAACCCGAGAAUCUACCGCAAUAAUUAAAAAUAGAAAUAUUCUUAUCUGCCUUCAUUACUCGAAUAUGUAAGGGUUAGAUAACAGAUAUUUUCGCGGUACCAUCCUCUGUUAUAUAUUAGCAUAGGAGUCAGUUUUGCUUCGCAUGUUUUAGCGAUGAUUUACACGAAGCAUAUUUUGAGUUGUCCGCACUUGCCUGAACCGGAUAGACAAUUUUACAAUUUAUGAAGUGAAUGAAUGGUGAAUAGAAAGCUUAUUUUUAUAAUGUUUAUGGCAAUAUGUUCCAUGCUAAUGCAGCUCGGAUAGACAACACGAAGUUCAGAGAUUCAAAAUAUUAUUAUGAGUUAUAUUGUCGAUUCAGGUUUAGUAUUUCGAUGUUUUCGAUCUUUGAACUUCGCGGUAUUGUAUCUGACUACGAGGCACGAUUGCGUUAGCAGAAAUGACUAAGCGGGCGAGUUGACAGAGCGAGAGCACAGCUGUAGAGUCCAUCGGCUAGUUGCAAUGACGAACUGUGAUUAUGUCAUUAUUAAUGUCAAAUUUCCAUGAAAAUAUGACGUUUAUAAAGACACUUGAUCAUUUUGUUAGGUUUUCGGUGCAAAGUUAGCUAUGAAGGACCCUUAAGAGUGUGUAUAGAUCAUUUGGCCCACCUCACCCUCUUAGCUACUGGCUGUAAAUGAACGCAGUCCUGUCCAUUUUUAGCUGUUUGUCUAUUCGACCAUUAUCUCGUAAUAUUAGUUAGUUUAUUUAAGAUUUAUUGAAUUAUUAGCGAAUUUUCAAAUGUCACUAUUUUUUAUGUAUUUUUGCUGUAUUUUUUUCAUCACAAUUUGCUCCAACAAGUUGUCUUUGCUAAAUUAUAUUGAGCAUCUCUUUUUGGCUUUUUAAGAAUGUUUUAAUAUAUUAGUGUCCCCUACUUGAAUAGGUUGAUACGUCAAAUGCACCAUUUUCGUCUGACACUACUAUAGUGAACUUGUACAGAGAUUUAUAAUGAGUAUGCUCAAAACAUAAUUUAAAAAUACCGUAAGUUUAUUAGAUUAAAACCUGGCUACUGGUUCUCGAUUGUGACCAGUAUAGUAAAAUGCCUACCUGUAUGAUUUAAUUAUAAUAAUUAAACGAAAUUAUCUGUAAUGUAUAUUGUAAGUAAAAAUGAAUCUUUAUGGUUAGUGUGCACUAAGUUAACGGACUCAUUUGAACAAUUAUUAAGAUCUAGAAAACUGAUAACAAAAUUGCUGUUUGCUUACAACUUAGAUUCUCAAUUUUUGUCAAGUCUGUUUAAAUUCUUAAUGCUGUAUGUCUUGGCUAACACUCUGUUGAUCCUGAUGAUUCGUCCAGAAUUGUAAACAUAAGUUACAUUGUAAGUGGUUUGGCAAAUCAAUUAGGUAAAUUACACGAUGAGAAUGUUAAUUAAUUAUUAAUCCUAGAAUAACAAUAAAGUAAAAGCGUUUGGAUGCGAAA